AUGGAGGAAGAGGAUGGAGAGUCGAACAACUCAGAAUCGCAAAGGCUUCUUUCGAAGCCACCCAAAACGAAUGAAUAUGUUGAUGAGACGGAUAUGGUAAUGGUUCUUGACAAUGAUCAAUUUGUCAUGGAAAAUCGCAACAAUUCUGCACUUCAGAAUCCUUUGAAAAGUGUGACGGAUGUGCUGCGAGAAGCCGAAAACAUCAUCACCGAUGGGCCUCUUCAACAAGCAACAACGCUCGAAAAUCAAAAUGUACUUGUUGAUGAAGUCGAUGUGGAGUUUAACCCUUCAAUCGAAUCAGCCGAUGGUUUACCAUUUGAAAUCAUCGUUCGGCAUAGUAAAGUAGUCGAGCAGCCGGGAAGGGAGAGCGAUGAGAAAUCGAUUUAUGCGUCCGACAAAAAUCGAUUGGCCACAGUUAUGGAAGGCGUCGAAUGUGAUGGAGACGUUCCUUCGACGUCGACAGCGCCGCCUGUUGCCGUGCCGUCGACAGCGUGGAAGAAGGGACAUCGACGUGCAUGGAGUAUGCCGAAUGCGAAGGGCGAGAAGAUGAGCUUAGCAGUUAUCCAAGAUAACCGCGAAGAAGGCGCCAAUCAACAUCGCCGUCGGAUUGUCAAAUAUCGCCUUCAUCCUCAUCCACGUGGAAAAGUGGUUGAAUUGCCGGACACGCCCUCAACAUCAACGCCAGCAAAAUCGAUUCGAUUCCUGGAUGCUGGACAUGAUGCGGAAAUUCAGAUUGACAACAAUGAUGAUGAAGACGAAUUAGAAGUUGAGAUCAAUGAGGAAGAAGUGAUUAUUCCGAAUGAGUCUGGCCAGGGAACGAGAGCAGUUAUUAAACGUUUCUGGGAAGCUCGCUGGAAAGCGACGAAUUUUGAGACUUUGCCAGAAUGGCUGCAAGACAAUGAAUAUCUGCGAACCGGUCACCGUCCUCCAUUACCAUCGUUCAGUAGUUGUUUCAAAAGCAUAUUUGCUCUUCACACUGAGACGGGAAACAUCUGGACGCAUAUGUAUGGCUGUGUUGCGUUUAUUGGUGUUGGAAUUUGGUUCGUAACGAGACCGAAUGAUCAGAUGCAAUGGAUGGAAAAACUGAUUUAUUCGGCAUUCUUCCUUGGUGCUGUAAUAUGUCUUGGAAUGUCAUUUCUUUUUCAUACUGUCGCAUGUCACUCUGUCGAAAUGGCCAAAUUAUUUAGCAAACUUGAUUAUACUGGAAUUACUCUUCUCAUCGUCGGCUCGUUCGUUCCUUGGAUUUACUUUUCUUUUAAUUGCCGUCCUCAACCUAUGAUCAUCUACAAUGCGAUGAUUAUCAUUCUCGGAAUUGCGGCUAUGGUUGUCUCUUUAUGGGAUAAAUUUGCGGAGCCAAAAUUCCGACCGGUGCGUGCCGGUGUGUUCAUAGCAAUGGGAUUGUCGGCGAUUGUGCCCGCCGCUCACUUGUUGUUCGCAGAUGGGCUCGAUUAUAUGUUGCAAGAGGCUCAAUUACACUGGAUGUUAAUUAUGGGUGCAAUGUAUAUUAGUGGAGCCACAUUAUACGCAACUCGAGUACCUGAACGUUGUUUUCCCGGAAAAUGCGAUAUAUGGUUUCAAUCCCAUCAACUCUUUCACACUUUCGUCGUUCUUGCCGCAUUCGUUCACUAUCAUGCAAUAACUCAACAAGGAAUGCACAAAUUGAUGAAAGGUUCGUGUUCGGAGCAAUUGCUUGAUCGCUACGGCGUCGAAAAUUUGCCGUCUUGGCUUGGAGCUUUACUGCACCUCGAAGAGCCGACGAAUGUGACAAGUUGGACGCCGGCUGAAAUUGGAUUGUAA